AUGAAUCCCUCCUCCUCUCAUCUCCCUAAUUCUCUCCUUGCAGUGACGGUGGAGGUGGUGAAGAACAGCUCCACAGAGUUCCAGGGUUUCCUGUUACAGGCCAGGAGCAGGGAGGGACUCGCUCUGCUCUGGCCUGUAGGGAAGUUCACCAACAUCAGCACCACCCUGUUUACUGCACUGCACUGUAACAACGUGGAGAACUCAACAGUCAGUCAGGCGUCAGGAGUCAGGAAGAAGAAAGUACAGCUGACGUGGGAGGCGCCUAGAAACAGUAACUACGGAGAUAUCUACUUCAGUGCCACUGUGGUCGAGGACUACAAAACCUUCUGGGUCCAGAAGAACAGCAGCACUCUGAGACUGGACAGCAGUGGGAACUCUGCAGCUGGAGUGUUUUCCUCCUCAAGAGCUCUGCUCUUCAUCAAUCUGCUGAGUCUGUCUGCCUACUGCUGACACACACACACACUCACACUCA